AUGACCAUCGUGAACGUGAUCAAUAACCGCCAGCGAAGCAGCGUCCCACAGCGUCUGUGUUCUGCCGGGUGGCUCGAGCAGGAGCGCGUGGCCUAUCCCAUGAACUAUUCCCACCCCAAAUGUGGCUUUGGUCAUGUGGGCAUCAUGGACUACGGCAAACAAACUGACCUGAGCAGGACCUGGGACACGUUCUGCUACCGGCCGAAGGAUAAGACCAUGCAGCUUAUGACGGUGUAUGACAAACAUAAAACAUAUGUGAAAUUUGAGUGUAAGAUGGGCUACAUUGGAGAUGGAUACACUUGCACUGGAAACCUGCUACAGGUUCUCUCCUCCAAGUCCAACUUUUCCAACUUUCUGUCACAAAUCUUGAAUUGCUCCAGAACUUCAGCAUCAGGUCAAGAGUUUGUGAGGCGUCUCAGCAACAUAACCACCCAGUCCACCCUGUUUGUGCCUGAUAAUGACGGUCUCUAUGAGAACGAGACACUGUCCUACAGGGAUUUAGAGCACCACCUGCUGGAUGGGAGAGCUCUGGUGCUGCAAGCUCUCAUUAACGUCAGCCAUGUUCGAACACAUCUGGGACAUACACUCAGUGUGAAAGGGGUUCCUAGCCUGCAGAGCCCCCAGACACUGGCUUCCUCUGGAUAUGUCAAUGACCGUUACAUUAUCGAAUCUGACAUUUUUGCAUCCAAUGGGAUCAUCCAUGUGCUGCAUGGACCACUGAAAGCUCCACCCCCUCCGGCCCCUUCCCUCCACCCCGCCCACAAGGCAGGGAUGGGCAUCGGUGUUCUGUUACUCGUCAUCCUUAUCGUGGCUGGAGCAUUUGUGGCCUACCAUUUCUACACCCAGCAAUCCAAGCCUUUCCAGUUCCACUACUUCAAGGAAGAUGAGAAUGAAGACAGCAGCCCUUCUGGAUCAGCCCCGUACAUCUCCAACCCCACGUAUGAGUCCACACCUGCCCCCACUGACCCCCACCUCCCAGCAGAUGAGAAGGAUGACGAGCAGCAGAUGGUUGCCAGUGGCUCUUAUGAUCUUCUGCAGGAUAGCUGAAGAGAUGUGGGAUCUCACUCAGACACUCUCCGUACAGCUCAGAGCCUGAACUGCUGUA